AGUUUCAUUCCCAAAAUCUGUCGAACCCUAAUACCCACACCCACCGCCGCACCGCACCCCUUUUCCCCUCAGUCUAUCUCUCUUUUUCUCUGCCUUCGGCCCUCUCCACUGACCAGUCCGCUCUUCCAUCUCCAUUGUGAUGCCCCAUCUCUCCAUCUCCGGCGACACUCUCUGACAUCAGAAGUGCGUUGGAUAUCAGAGGUCCAAGAAGUCCAUCUCUGGCGACGCUCUCUCCAUCUCCAUUCUCCAGCAGUCCAGCUCCAAAGAAGCCAAACCCGGCUUCUUUCUCCACCUUCUAGCAGCCCGGCUUUCUUUCUCACAAUCACAGGUGAAGACGCAGUUCUCCUAGCUGAACCGCAACGCAGCAUCUUCCGGCGGCAGCCAACGACGAGGAUAUACUUCUCUACCUCUUUAUCCGUUUUCUUGUUGGACUUUGGGUUUAGGGUUUUGCGUAGGGAGCAUAGCAGGAAAUAGCAAUAGCAAUGAGUCGUAGCUUAGGAAUACCGGUGAAGCUUCUACACGAAGCCACAGGACACAUCGUGACCGUAGAGCUGAAGAGCGGAGAGCUCUACAGAGGCAGCAUGGUUGAAUGCGAAGACAAUUGGAAUUGCCAGCUCGAGAACAUCACUUUCACAGCUAAGGAUGGUAAGGUAUCACAACUUGAGCAUGUUUUCAUUCGAGGAAGCAAAGUCAGGUUUAUGGUGAUUCCAGAUAUGCUUAAGAAUGCUCCAAUGUUCAAACGUCUAGAAGCUAGAAUCAAGGGCAAGGGUUCAGCACUCGGCGUUGGACGGGGACGUGCUGUUGCCAUGAGAGCCAGGGCUCAGGCUGCUGGUCGUGGAGCUCCACCUGGGAGGGGCGUUGUGCCACCUGUAAGGAGGUGAUCAUUCCAGAAUAUGAUUGUAAUCUUAAGAGCGUCAAAGCUCGUAUAUUAUGCAAGGGAGAUCAUCAAAUCCAUGUUAUGCAGCCCAAUUUGGUAUAGGAUAAUAUUUGGCCUUUGAGACCUUAAGAAUUAUGUACGCUUUUGAACUUGGCUAGUGCUCAUUUAGAGAUGUGAAUGGUUUUCCAAUUUAAGCUUCCGUUUUAGCUGAUUCUAAAAUUUGAUGUAAAGCAGAUCGAUCGGCUGUCUGUUAGUCAUGUAGCGAAAGAAGUCGAUGUGGGAAGUCGUAUUCUGCUGUAACGUGGAAAUAGCAAAUUGCCUCCAUCCGUAAUUACUUGUGCGGAUACAAAUAGCGAGCAAUGCAAUAAGCUUUUUGAA